GGAAUCCAAACAUGCUAAGGAUUUUUGCCGAUGUAAUUUAAUCGGGUCUCUCACUAGAUAAGUUGCAGAAUUUUUUAAGCCACAGACAGUUCCCAAGAUGUGCUCGGUUAAGUUUGUUUUAUAUUUUUCUGUCUUCCUAUCUGGUUUUUUUCUCACAACUGAAGGAGUAGGUGUUAAGUCCUGUUAUUAUUGUAAUGGAAAUUGCACAGAACCAAAGCUUGUCAACUGUACCAGACCAGAAAGUGGCUGCAUAGCAUAUGAAGUUAAACAAAACAACAACACAGAUAUCUUCAAGAACUGCUUCGCAUCUUCAACAUGGAACUGCGAUCGAGUUAAAAAAUGGGUCUCCAACAAGCACCUCCGUAUAAGUGUGACCAGCUGUCAAGUCUGCAUGGAAAACGACUGCAACAAGAAUAUAUUUUUCAGGAUCAAGAAUUCGUCAACCAGUGUAUCCCUCAGUACACCCCUCCUAUAUUUCCUAUUUUUCCGUUUAUUGUUGUUGAGGUGAAUCUGAUGAUACACAAGGAGGAAAAUGUAUUAUUUUGUUCUUAAUGAAGGAUACUCAGAUUUUGAGAUUUCUUUUCUUUUCAUUUUUAAUCGUACCGUCUCAUUUUGUAGCAUUUUUUACUCAAUAAAGUCAUGUAUCUAAG